AUGACCUUCAAAGAUUUAUCCCCUAAAGCAGAUGUUCCAUUUAAUGAAUUGCUAAAAGAAGCGUCGGUGAUAGAUAAAUAUAUCGAUUAUUGUGUAUUUAGAAAUAUUCGUUUGAUUGGUUCUGGAACGUUUGGAAACACAUAUCAUGCAGUUGCGGAAAUGUCUGACAUUGGUGUCGCCUUGAAAUCAUUUGAAAAUAUCGAUAUGAUUACUGCCAAAGAAAUUUUAAAUAUCAUACAUGAAAAUAUCAUAAAAUUUUACGGCAUUACUAAGAAAGAAGACAAACUUUCUGAUUUAAUGGUCGAUAUCUUAGAUGGUGUCAGAGAAAAAUUUAUUGAAGGAACGCCAAUACUAUAUGCUGUUCUAUAUAAUGAUCCAAUAAAACGUCCCAACAUUCAAGAAGUCGUUCUCUCUUUUGAACAAUUGAAAGCAGAAUCGAUACAUAAUGAAAAUAAGUUUAUAAAAAAUAAUUUAUUUUCUGAUAAUAAUUCUCCAAAUACCAGCUACACUGAUUCUGAUCAUUUAACACAUAAUAAUAAAUCCACCACUUGGAUUUUGGAAGAAUUAUGCAAAAAUCCUGAGUCAAAAUUAAUUACCACCGAUAUUUUUCUAAAAAUAUUUCCCAACAACGAUAAUGAAACAACUUUCCACGAAAAUAUUAAAAAGACUCGUAAAGAGAACCAAAUCGAAGUUAUCAAAAACAAAUCAGUUGAUACACUUAUUAAUCUAAACCAUGAAAAGAAGAUGAAAUUUGACUUCAUUUUUAUUGAUGGUUCUCACGAAUCACACGACGUGCUAUCAGAUGCUGUUUUAUCAUGGAAUCUCUUGAAAGAAGGUGGAAUUAUGAUUCUUGACGAUUAUGAGUGGGAUUUUUUCGAAGAGGAAUAUCUUAAUCCAAGAAUAGCAAUUGAUUCAUUUCUCAGAUGUUAUCAGACACAAAUAGAAAUUAUUGAUAAAUAUUAUCAAGUAACAAUUAGGAAAAUUACCAAGGAAGGCACACGAACUGUUAGAGAAGGAAAAAUCAUUGAUUGA